CAGUUAUGCUUUGAAGUCGGAAAAGUCGUACAAGUCGUACAAGUCGUCUAGCAGUUUCCUAAAGUUAAGUACCGGACAAAUGGCCGUGGGAUACAAGUUUUCAAUGGAGGAUUUCCCAGUUCCGGAUGAUUUUACCACCGCCAUAUACUAUGUGGUGGCAUUCCUGUCUGUCUGGUGCGUCAUCCUCUAUGUGACCCGCUCCCUAAAGUCGAUUUUUUGGCCAAUGAUGAUUGUGAUUUCCGGACUCUUUGUCUAUCGAGUCCUUCGCACCUUCGACCCAAUGGAUUUUUUGGAUAUGUUUGUCAAGGCUUUGGAGCUCACCUAUGAUUUGUGCUUCGAACUCUAUCAACGUUUUGUCGGAAGCUGCCCAUCAGACGAAUAAAUGAUGCUCAACAAUGGAAAAAUCACAAAAUAAUUUUGUCCAAAAAAUAAACACUUUAAAUGAGCAUUUACACACUUGUUAUAUAUUUUCAG